AUGGCAUCCACCAAGAUCCCCGCUGGCCACUUUGGCAAUCUGUCCGCUGAGCAAGAGAAAAAACUGCAAGAAUUUUGGCAGGCUGUUGCUGGUGUGUCUGGGUGGUCUGAAAGCAACACUGCGGCGCAGAAUGCUACGAGCAAAGCCGCCGAGCCGGCAUCGGAGCCUGAACAAAGCAGUGGUGGUUGGGGAUUUAGCAUGUUCCGAAAGAACGAACAGGCGGGUUCCUCCAGUAAAACUGCCGCCGAUGAGGAUAAGUUUGGCCUGAACAAGCAAUACAGUGAGAUUUUAGCCAAACAGUCGGCUGAAGCCAUCCGAGAAUCUAUCUGGGAGAUGACGAAACAUGACCAUCCAGAUGUUCUUGCACUACGCUUUCUUCGCGCGCGCAAAUGGAACGUUCAGCAAGCCCUCGUCAUGUUCAUCGCAGCUGUCAACUGGAGGAAGAACGAAAUGAAGGUGGAUGAUGACAUCAUGCAGAAUGGCGAGGCUGGUGCAUUGCGUGAUGAACAUAAUGGUAGCAGUGAUAUAAAACAAGUUGGGACAGAUUUUCUCGCGCAGCUUCGCAUGGGAAAGAGCUUCCUCCACGGUUGUGACAAGGAAGGCCGACCAAUUUGCGUUGUUCGCGUGCGCCUGCACCAUGGUGGCGAGCAGAGUGCCGAGAGCACUGAGAAAUACACCGUCCAUAUCAUCGAAACUGCGCGUCUGCUCCUCAGCCCACCAGUUGAGACAGCUACAAUCAUUUUCGACAUGACGAGCUUCAACUUAUCUAAUAUGGACUAUGCUCCUGUUAAGUUCAUGAUCAAGUGCUUCGAGGCCAACUACCCCGAGUCUCUCGGUGCCGUGCUUAUCCAAAAUGCUCCAUGGCUAUUCCAGGGCAUAUGGCGGGUAAUCAAGCCUUGGUUGGACCCAGUUGUCGCAGCCAAGGUCCAUUUCACCAACGGCAGAAGUGGGCUGGAAGAGUUCAUCGCACCAAACAAGAUCCCCAAAGAACUCGACGGCGAUGAGAAUUGGGAGUAUAAAUACGUUGAGCCCGCGGAAAACGAGAAUGUCGCUAUGCAGGACACCGCCACCAGAGAUAAGAUUCUGGAAGACAGAUCUACGCUUGUGAAAGAUUUUGAAGAGGCUACUAGGGCUUGGCUUCGCGAAGGAAAUGGUGAUAGCGGUGAAGCAGCUCGCGGAAGACGCAACUCCAUCGCAACCCAGUUGAGAGACAACUAUUGGAAGUUGGAUCCCUACAUCCGCGCCAGAUCACUCUACGACCGCCAAGGUAUCAUCGGCGCAACUGGUAUCAUCAAUUUUUACCCGGGUACAGCAGCGGCUGAGAAGUGA